GGAUGAAUGUGAAGGAGAUGAGUGUGUAUCAGCAAACCUGCGCCCUUCUGCACAAGAAUCUGCUCAAGAAAUGGAGAGGGAGAAGGGAGAGCUUCUUGGAAUGGGGCAUCCCAAUUAUUAUAGGACUGUAUAUGGCGCAGUUUUCAUUUUUCAAAGAAAAUAUGCAGCUCCCUGAAGUCCCACCUCAGGAUCUUGGAAGUUUAGAUGAAUUUAAUGGAUCUUCUAUAAUGGUUCUUUAUACACCAGUCUCUAACAUAACCCAACAGAUAAUGAAUAAAACAACCUUUUCUCCCUCUAUGAAAGGAGCGAGAAUCAUUGGGUUGCCAAGUGAGAAGUACUUGGAUAAUAUGCUUCUGAAGAAUCUUCCCCAUGCUCUUGGAAUCAUAUUUAAUGACACCUUCUCUUACAAGUUAGAAGUAUUUCUAUCAUAUGGAUAUCCAUUUUUGAAAGAAGAUGUAUUAGCUCAUUGCUGGGAUAUGCGAGGCGAUGUUUCCUGUUCAUUGUCCAGAUACUGGAAGAGAGGAUUUGUGCCUUUACAAACUGCCAUCAAUGCCGCCAUCAUAGAAAUCACAACAAAUCGUUCUGUGAUGGAGAAGUUGAUGUCCGUUAAUGCCAUAAACAUGAAGACAUUACCUUUCAUUACUAAAGAUACUUUUCAGUAUGAGUUUUUUAUUGUAUUCUGCUUGCUUUAUUUCUCCUCAUUUGUAUAUUUUAUAUCACGCAAUGUUACCAACGAGAGGAAAAAGUCUAAGGAACUGAUGAGAAUGAUGGGUCUACAAGACUCGGCAUUCUGGCUGUCCUGGGGCUUAAUUUAUGUUGGCUUCAUCUUCAUUACUUCCAUAUUCAUUGCAGUUAUCAUAACAUCUGCCCAAAUUAUAGUGAUGACUGGUUUCCCUGUCAUAUUCACACUCUUUUUCUUAUAUGGAUUAUCUUUGAUAGCUGUAACCUUCCUGAUGGCUGUUUUGUUUCAGAAAGCUAUCCUCACCAAUCUGAUUGUAUUUCUCUUUACCCUCCUUUGGGGGUGUGUGGGGUUCACUGUACUUAACAAACAACUCCCCACUUCUCUGGAAUGGAUUCUGAGCAUUUUCAGCCCUUUCGCCUUCACCUCUGGGAUGGCUAAGAUUAUUUUCCUGGAGUAUGACUUGAAUGGUGUAGUAUUUCCUGACCCUUCAGGAGAAUCAUAUGCAAUACUAGUGACAUUUUCCAUAUUGGCUUUUGAUGGGCUUUUCUACUUGCUUCUGGCAUUGUAUUUUGACAAAAUCUUGCUCUAUGGGGAAGAGCGCCGGUAUUCUCCACUGUUUUGCUUGAAUUUGUCAUCUUGUUUCCGACAAAAGACCGGUAGCCACCAGGUCAUCGAGAGAGGCGUAGACCCCGAGCUCCCUUCCGAUGAUUAUUUUGAGCCUGUGGCUCCUGAAUACCAAGGAAAAGAAGCCAUCAGAAUAAGAAAUAUUAAAAAAGAAUAUAAAGGGAAGUCUGGAAAAGUGGAGGCUUUGAAAGGAUUGUUCUUUGAUAUAUAUGAAAGUCAAAUCACAGCAGUUCUGGGCCACAGUGGAGCAGGAAAAUCUUCAUUACUAAAUAUCCUCAAUGGAUUAUAUGUUCCAACAUCAGGAUUAGUCACCGUCUACAAUAAAAAUCUCUCUGAAAUGCAAGACCUGAAGGAAAUCAGAAAGAUAACUGGUGUUUGUCCUCAGCAUAAUGUUCAAUUCGGUGCACUCACUGUGAAGGAAAACCUCACCCUCUUUGCUAAAAUAAAAGGGAUUCUUCCCCAGCGUGUAAAACAAGAGGUACAACAAAUUAUACUGGAAUUGGACAUGCAAAGUAUUCAGGAUAACCUUGCUGAACAUUUAAGUGAAGGACAGAAAAGAAAGCUCACCUUUGGGAUUGCCACUUUGGGAGACCCUCGAAUUUUGCUCUUAGAUGAACCUACGGUUGGACUCGAUCCCUUCUCAAGGCAGCAAGUGUGGAGUUUCCUGAAGGAACGCAGGGCAAAUCGUGUGAUUCUCUUCAGCACUCAGUUCAUGGACGAGGCAGACAUCCUGGCUGACAGAAAAGUGAUCAUGUCCAAUGGGAGUCUAAAAUGCAUAGGUUCCUCUGUGUUUCUGAAGAGAAAAUGGGGUCUUGGAUAUCACUUAAGUUUGUUUAUGGAUGAAACAUGUGAUUCAGAGCAGAUAACAUCCAUCAUCAAUCAUCACAUCCCUGACGCUAAAUUAAAAGCAAAAACCCACGAAAAGCUUGAGUACGUCUUGCCGCUGGGAAGGACGAGCAAGUUUCCAGACUUCUUCAGUGAUCUCGAUAAAUAUUCUGGCCAGGGCUUGGUGAAUUACGAAGUUUCCAUGUCAACUCUGAAUGAAGUCUUCAUGAACCUGGAAGGAGAAUCAACCACUAACCUAAACUUUGAGAAAAGAGAAAUAGUAAGAGACUCAGACAGCUUAGAUGAAAUGGGGCCGGCUUAUUCUUCUCUUUCUGAAGUGCAGAAGACUGUGAGUGCCAUGAACCUCUGGAGGAUGCAGGUCUGUGCAAUAGCGCGGCUUCGCAUCCUAAAGCUAAAACGAGAGAGAAAAGCAUUUUUGACCUUUCUGUUGAUUCUUGGAAUUGCACUGCUCCCACUGAUUAUGGAAAAGACGGCUAAUGCUAUGAUAGAGCAAAAAAGCGACUGGGAAUUUAAAACAGAAUUGUAUUUCCUGUCCCCUGGACAACUUCCUCAGGGUCUGCGAACCAGCCUAUUGGUCAUCAACAACACAGGAUCAAAUAUCGAAGAUUUCAUACAGUCACUGAAGCAUCAAAACAUAGUUUUGGAAGUAGAUGACUUUGCAAACAGAAAUGGCACCGAGAGCCUCUCAUACAAUGGAGCUAUUAUAGUUUCUGGAAGACAAAAGGACUACAGGUUUUCAGUUGUGUGUAACACCAAGAGACUCCACUGCUUUCCUAUCCUAAUGAAUGUCAUCAGCAAUGGGAUCCUUCAUAUGUUCAAUCAUACGCAGCAUAUUAGAACUGAGGAAUCUGUAAUUUCACCAGACCUCGUGAUGCUCUGGUUUGGGAUACUGCAAGGUUUCCUGUUCUUAUUGUUUGUUGUGUGCAGCAUUUCGCCACACAUUGCCAUGAGCAGUGUCGGUGAUUACAAAAAGAGAGCUGAUUCCCAGCUGUGGAUUUCUGGCCUCUACCCUUCUGCCUACUGGUGUGGGCAGGCAAUGGUGGAUAUUAACCUCUUCAAUGUAAUUCUUCUCUUGAGCUACUUCACGUUGUACAUGACACAGCUGGUUCACAUUUCCUUAACUAGUGAAAUUGUGCUAUCUAUAAUUGCUCUUUCAUUCGGUUCUGCAGCUUCUCUUGUCUUCCUGACGUAUGUGAUAUCAUUUGUUUUUGGCAAAAGGAGAAAAAACAGUGGCCUCUGGUCAAUUUGCUUCUUUACUAUCUUCACCAUCAUGUUUGACAUCCUUUUGACUGAUUUAUUCAGCGAAAAAUUGCUUAUUGCCUUCAUGAUAUUAGUUCCUUCAUUUUCAUUUUCUGCAUUCCUGAUUGUUUUGGAAAUGAGAGACUAUCAGCACUACAAUGAACUCGGAGAACUCAAAUAUGGUUUAUCUGGGGUCAAUCUUCUAUUAUUCCUAAUGCCUUACUUUCACACUUUGCUGUUCAUUUUUGUUCUGAGAUGCCUGGAACUUAAAUGUGGAAAGAAUGUAAUGUGGAAGGAUCCCAUUUUCAGGAUAUCUCCAAAAAAUCCCAAGGUUCAACCGAAUCCAGAAGAACACAGAGGUGAAGAUGAAGACGAAGAUGUCCAAGCGGAAAGAAUAAGGACAUCAGCUGCCUUGAGUACUUCAAAUUUACAAGAGAGGCCAGUCAUAAUCGCCGAUGGUCUGCACAAAGAGUAUGCAGGUCAGAAGAGAAGUUGCUUCUCAAAGAGGACAAAGAAAGUAGCAGCCAGAAACAUCUCUUUCUGUGUUAAUAAAGGUGAAAUCUUGGGAUUGUUAGGACCCAAUGGUGCUGGCAAAAGUUCCUCUAUUAGGAUGAUAGCUGGGAUCACAAAGCCAGCAGCUGGAGAGGUGGAACUGAAAGGAUUUAGUUCACCUGUGGGUUACCAGGGUGAUGGCACAGUCAAGUUUGGAUACUGUCCUCAGGAAAACGUGCUGUGGCCCGUCCUGACAGUGAAGGAGCACCUGGAGGUGUACGCUACUGUGAAAGGGCUGAGGAAGAAGGAUGCCGCCAUUGCCAUUUCAAGGUUAGUGAACGCCUUUAACCUACAUGACCAGCUGAAUGUUUUAGUGCGGAAACUAGCUGCAGGAGCCACUAGAAAGCUGUGCUUUGUGCUGAGCAUCCUGGGAAAUUCAUCUGUCCUGAUUCUGGAUGAACCGUCUACAGGCUUAGAUGUGCCAGGGAAGUAUCAAAUACGGCAGGCAGUCAAGGCAGCUGCUAAAGAGAACGAGGUGGGCGUCCUCAUGACUACCCAUGACCUGGCUGAGGCUGAGGCUCUGUGUGACCGAGUGGUCAUCAUGGUGUCCGGAAGGCUGAGAUGCAUUGGUUCAAUCCAACACCUGAAAAGGAAGUUUGGCAAGGAUUACAUUCUAGAACUAAAAGUGAAUGAAACUUCUCAAGUGGCAUCGGUGCACAGGGAGAUUCUGAAGCUGUUCCCACAGGCCGCACGUCAGGAAAGCUAUCUCUCCUUGUUGGCCUACAAGCUACCCAUAACGGAUGUUUAUCCUCUGUCUCAGGCUUUUUACAAAUUAGAAGCAGUGAAGCGCAGCUUUAACCUGGAAGAAUACAGCCUCUCUCAGUGCACACUGGACAAAGUGUUUUUAGAACUUUCGAAGGAACAGGAGCUGGAAAAUGUUCACGAAGAAACGGAUACAGCUGUGAGAUGGAAACUGCUCCCUCACUUGGAUGAACUGUGACAUCUCAGACCUAGGCUCUGCCAGCCUAAAAUUUAAGUUUUCUGCAGUAACUAGUAGGAUUAAUCAUUUCAAAGAUGUUUUCAUAUCAGUGCUAUACACAUUUUAUCUUUGUGAACCACAAAGUAAAAUUUAUAAUAAUCCACGCCCUAAAACUAAGAGGCUAUAAGGAAAUACAAAAUAGUAGUAAAGUACUAUAGAAACAAAACUACAAACUCAAUUUUGAAAAAAUAUUCAUUCUUAACAAUGAUUGGAACAUUCACUUGAUGAGGUAGGUAAGGAGCAUGCUCAGUGCCCUUAGCUGCACGGGGACUUCAUGGUGGUUGACAAAUAUAUAAUUUAUGACUCUUCUUUUACAUAAAGUAUGAGAUAUUAUUUUUCCUCAAUCCUUUCCAGGGAUUAUUUCAACAACAGUAGGAAUGAUAAGGCCCUGGACCUACAAAUAGGGGCAUAUCUUGAACACAGCUGAAAUACAACCUUUAAAAACAAAGGGACUCAUAGUAACAAUUGUUCAUUAAAAAAUGUUUUAAAUACUAAUAGCAUAUUCUCGGGAUUUCCUUCAUCUCUUCAUAAAUAGUGUUCUGUAUAUUUGAUAUUAAUUUCAGUCUAUUUUCUACUUAUAUUAGUAUAUGUACAUAUGUGUACACUAUGUGGAUGUCUCUCAUAUGUCAACUUUGCAUGUUAUUUUAAUUUUCCCUGAUAUAUCUAUGUAACACCUACACCAGAAAAAAUAUUUCAAAUUUUAGACAGUAUUCCUACUUUAAUUUUAUAAUAUUUUUUAUAGCUUACAUAUAACAUUUUUCUGUUCACUAAAUUUUUAUAGGUGCUGGAGAGAUGGCUCAGCGGUUGAGUGCUCACACUCUGGCAAAGAACCUGGGUUCAGUUCCCAGCACACACAUGGCAGCUCACCACUGUCUGUAACUUCAGUUCAGAGGAUCUGAUGUCCUCCUGCACACAUGUGGUGCAUAGGCAUACACUCAGGUACCACGUAUACAGAAAACAGUUUUUUAUAAAAGAGUAUUUGUAUAAUGGAGAAAAAUACAGAAAUUAGAUAAAAUUCAAUAAAAGAGCCCCUAUAGUUCCUUCAUAAACAUCAGUUGUUUUCAUUCUUUGAGCUGUGUCUAUAGAGUGGUUACUGUGUUUGGCACACAUAUUUCCUAACUACACGCUGACUUGUAUUUACUGAUGCCCUGCUUUCAGAUUUAGAAUACUGUUGAAGCAUUAUAUGUUCGCAUUUAGGUUUGUGCUAAUGAUAAGCUUUGCUCAUUGGUUUUUGCCUUACUCAUUACCCAUUUACAGGAUUCAUAUGUAAUGAACUGAAUUAGGUGUGUGUUUGGCGGUUGGAUACCACUGUCUUAGAAGACUGAUCUGUUAACGAGCCAAACAUCUUAAGUGCUUACUUGUCAGAGGUGAAGGAAUUGUAUUUUAAGUA